CCUCAAAUGAUCCACCCACCUUGGCUCCCAAAGUGCUAGGAUUACAGGCAUGAGCCACUGUGCCUGGCCAGAAAUGCCCUUUCUGACCAGAGUCAAAGUUCCCCCAAUGCCUGGGUAGCCCAGCUUCCCCAUUGGCUCCUGAAAUCCACCCCUUUAGGUUUCCUUUCCCUGCUCAGAAGCUGUGCCAGAGGGGACAUUCCCUGGGAGGCUGAGGGUCACCACGAUACCAUGACAGAGUCUGGCAAGCCCAUCCUCUAUUCCUAUUUCCGAAGCUCCUGCUCAUGGAGAGUUCGAAUUGCUCUGGCCUUGAAAGGCAUUGACUACGAGACGGUGCCCAUCAAUCUCAUAAAGGAUGGGGGCCAACAGUUCUCUAAGGACUUCCAGGCACUGAAUCCCAUGAAGCAGGUGCCAGCCUUGAAGAUUGAUGGAAUCACCAUUUACCAGUCACUGGCCAUCAUUGAGUAUCUUGAGGAGACGCGUCCCACUCCGCAACUUCUGCCUCAGGACCCAAAGAAGAGGGCCAGCGCGCGUAUGAUUUCUGACCUCAUCGCUGGUGGCAUCCAGCCCCUGCAGAACCUGUCUGUCCUGAAGCAAGUGGGAGAGGAUAUCCAGCUGACCUGGGCCCAGAACGCCAUCACUUCUGGCUUUAACGCCCUGGAGCAGAUCCUACAGAGCACAGCAGGCAUCUACUGUGUAGGAGAUGAGGUGACCAUGGCUGAUCUGUGCUUGGUGCCUCAGGUGGCAAAUGCUGAAAGAUUCAAGGUGGAUCUCACCCCCUACCCUACCAUCAGCUCCAUCAACAAGAGGCUGCUGGUCUUGGAGGCCUUCCAGGUGUCUCACCCCUGCCGGCAGCCAGAUACACCCACUGAGCUGAGGGCCUAGCUCCCAAAUCCUGCCCCGUUGGCACAGGGCCAUAGGAGCAGAAGCUGGGUGGGCUGAAGAGGCCUGGAAGCAAGUGAGUCUUAAUUGAGGAGACGGGAGACUCGAACUCUAGCCCUGGAUCUGCCUUCCUGCUGAACCUUGUUCGACCUCAGUCCCCUCAUGUGUCAAAUGCAUGUGGGGUGGAGUAGGGAGAUGCUGCGAGCAGGGUGGGCAGGAAUACUGUUAUCUAUGUGACGGGGCAGUCGUGAAGCUGAGAUGAGAAUGUGGAUUAAAAUGCCUGGCGUGCUCACCAUAA